AUGUUGGAGACCUUACCGGAAACUGUACCGGAGAUGUUGGAUGAGAGGUGGACCCUAAAAAACAAUGAGUACAUCUAUGAGUAUGCGUACAAGUAUGAGAAUGAGAACGACUAUUACAACCACCAGGAUCAACUUGGUCAAGGGGCCAACUGGAGCCCACAGGAGCAGCCUGGAGUCCUCACAGCAUUCCCUGGUUCUCUUGCAAACUUUGGAACUCUUGAGAAGAUGAUUAAGGUUGCAUGGCAGAAGUGUCAGGAGUACCAAUCUAUGUUCUUCAUGUGGUACUGUGUUACCCUGUUGUGCAUACAGAGUAGGGCACAGCCCAUCUCUACACCAGUGAAACCCAUCGUGGUUGAGCUUCCCAUUUCUAAACCAGCGAAGCCCAUCGUGGUUGAGCCGUCGAACUCUAACCCAGUGAAGCCCUUUGUGGUUGAGCUGCCUAUCUCUCCACCAGUGAAACCCAUCAUGGUUGAGCUGCCCAUCUCUCCACCAGUGAAGCCCAUUGUGGUUGAGCUGCCCAUCUCUCCACCAGUGAAUCCCAUCGUGAUGGAGCUGCCCAACUCUCCACCAGUGAAGCCCAUUGUGGUUGAGCUGCCCAUCUCUCCACCAGUGGAGCCCAUCAUGGUUGAGCUGCCCGUCUCUCCACCAGUGAAACCCAUCAUGGUUGAGCUGCCCAUCUCUCUACCAGUGAAACCAAUCAUGGUUGAGCUGCCCAUCUCUCCACCAGUGAAGCCCAUUGUGGUUGAGCUUCCCAUCUCUCCACCAGUGAAUCCGAUCGUGAUGGAGCAGCCCAACUCUCCACCAGUGAAGCCCAUUGCGGUUGAGCUGCCCAUCUCUCCACCAGUGGAGCCCAUUGUCGUUGAGCUGCCCAUCUCUCCACCAGUGAAGCCCAUUGCGGUUGAGCUGCCCAUCUCUCCACCAGUGGAGCCCAUUGUGGUUGAGCUGCCCAUCUCUCCACCAGUGAAGCACGUCAUGUUUGAGCUGCCGAUCGCUCCAGUGGAAGCUGAGUCGCUCCAGAGAUUUGAGAGAUGUCAAAGGGCCCAGGAUUUCUUCCCUCCACCUCCAUUGGAGCCCAUCGUGGUUGAGCUGCCCAUGUCUCCACCAGUGAAUCCCAUCAUGGUUGAGUUGCCCAUGUCUCCACCAGUGAAACCCAUCAUGGUUGAGCUGCCCAUCUCUCCACCAGUGAAACCCAUCAUGGUUGAGCUGCCCAUCUCUCCACCAGUGAAGCCCAUUGCGGUUGAGCUGCCCAUCUCUCCACCAGUGGAGCCCAUUGUGGUUGAGCUGUCCAUCUCUCCACCAGUGAAGCACGUCAUGUUUGAGGUGUCGAUCGCUCCAGUGGAAGCUGAGUCGCUUCAGAGAUUUGAGGGUUUGACACAGCGACAUAAAAAAAGAAAGACAGACAUGGAAACUUCAGUUCCACAGGCCAGAACUACUCUUCCUUCUCCCUCCCUAUUGGAUUUUUUUGCUCCACAUACAACUCAGAGAUGUCAAAGGGCCCAGGAUUUCUUCCCUCCACCUCCAUUGGAGCCCAUAGUGGUUGAGCUGCCCAUCUCUCCACCAGUGAAUCCCAUCGUGAUGGAGCUGCCCAACUCUCCACCAGUGAAGCCUGUUGUUGAGCUGCCCAUCUCUCCACCAGUAAAACCCAUCAUGGUUGAGCUGCACAUCUCUCCACCAGUGAAGCCCAUUGUGGUUGAGCUGCCCAUCUCUCCACCAGUGGAACCCAUCAUGGUUGAGCUGCCCAUCUCUCCACCAGUGAAGCCCAUUGUGGUUGAGCUGCCCAUCUCUCCACCAGUGAAUCCCAUCGUGAUGGAGCUGCCCAACUCUCCACCAGUGAAGCCCAUUGUGGUUGAGCUGCCCAUCUCUCCACCAGUGGAGCCCAUUGUGGUUGAGCUGCCCAUCUCUCCACCAGUGAAGCCCAUUGCGGUUGAGCUGCCCAUCUCUCCACCAGUGGAGCCCAUUGUGGUUGAGCUUCCCAUCUCUCCACCAGUAAAACCCUUCAUGGUUGAGCUGCCCAUUUCCCCACCAGUGAAGCACGUCAUGUUUGAGCUGCCGAUCGCUCCAGUGGAAGCUGAGUCGCUUCAGAGAUUUGAGGGUUUGACACAGCGACAUAAAAAAAGAAAGACAGACAUGGAAACUUCAGUUCCACAGGCCAGAACUACUCUUCCUCCUCCCUCCCUAUUGGAUUAUUUCGCUCCACCUACAACUCAGAGAUGUCAAAGGGCCCAGGAUUUCUUCCCUCCACCUCCAUUGGAGCCCAUCGUGGUUGAGCUGCCCAUGUCUCCACCAGUGAAACACAUCAUGGUUGAGCUGCCCAUCUCUCCACCAGUGAAGCCCAUUGCGGUUGAGCUGCCCAUCUCUCCACCAGUGAAGCCCAUUGCGGUUGAGCUGCCCAUCUCUCCACCAGUGGAGCCCAUUGUGGUUGAGCUGUCCAUCUCUCCACCAGUGAAGCACGUCAUGUUUGAGUUGCCCAUCUCUCCACCAGUAAAACCCACCAUGGUUGAGCUGCCCAUCUCUCCACCAGUGAAGCAGGUCAUGUUUGAGCUGCCGAUCACUCCAGUGGAAGCUGAGUCGCUUCAGAGAUUUGAGGGUUUGACACAGCGACAUAAAAAAAGAAAGACAGACAUGGAAACUUCAGUUCCACAGGCCAGAACUACUCUUCCUCCUCCCUCCCUAUUGGAUUAUUUCGCUCCACCUACAACUCAGAGAUGUCAAAGGGCCCAGGAUUUCUUCCCUCCACCUCCAUUGGAGCCCAUCGUGGUUGAGCUGCCCAUGUCUCCACCAGUGAAACCCAUCAUGGUUGAGCUGCCCAUCUCUCCACCAGUGAAACCCAUCAUGGUUGAGCUGCCCAUCUCUCCACCAGUGAAGCCCAUUGCGGUUGAGCUGCCCAUCUCUCCACCAGUGAAGCCCAUUGCGGUUGAGCUGCCCAUCUCUCCACCAGUGGAGCCCAUUGUGGUUGAGCUGUCCAUCUCUCCACCAGUGAAGCACGUCAUGUUUGAGUUGCCCAGCUCUCCACCAGUGGAGCCCAUCGUGGUUGAGCUGCCCAUGUCUCCACCAGUGAAACCCAUCAUGGUUGAGCUUCCCAUCUCUCCACCAGUGAAACCCAUCAUGGUUGAGCUGCCCAUCUCUCCACCAGUGAAGCCCAUUGCGGUUGAGCUGCCCAUCUCUCCACCAGUGAACCCCAUUGCGGUUGAGCUGCCCAUCUCUCCACCAGUGGAGCCCAUUGUGGUUGAGCUGUCCAUCUCUCCACCAGUGAAGCCUGUUGUUGCGCUGCCCAUCUCUCCACUAGUAAAACCCACCAUGGUUGAGCUGCCCAUCUCUCCACCAGUGAAGCACGUCAUGUUUGAGCUGCCGAUCACUCCAGUGGAAGCUGAGUCGCUUCAGAGAUUUGAGGGUUUGACACAGCGACAUAAAAAAAGAAAGACAGACAUGGAAACUUCAGUUCCACAGGCCAGAACUACUCUUCCUCCUCCCUCCCUAUUGGAUUAUUUCGCUCCACCUACAACUCAGAGAUGUCAAAGGGCCCAGGAUUUCUUCCCUCCACCUCCAUUGGAGCCCAUCGUGGUUGAGCUGCCCAUGUCUCCACCAGUGAAACCCAUCAUGGUUGAGCUGCCCAUCUCUCCACCAGUGAAGCCCAUUGCGGUUGAGCUGCCCAUCUCUCCACCAGUGAAGCCCAUUGCGGUUGAGCUGCCCAUCUCUCCACCAGUGGAGCCCAUUGUGGUUGAGCUGUCCAUCUCUCCACCAGUGAAGCACGUCAUGUUUGAGUUGCCCAUCUCUCCACCAGUAAAACCCACCAUGGUUGAGCUGCCCAUCUCUCCACCAGUGAAGCAGGUCAUGUUUGAGCUGCCGAUCACUCCAGUGGAAGCUGAGUUGCUUCAGAGAUUUGAGGGUUUGACACAGCGACAUAAAAAAAGAAAGACAGACAUGGAAACUUCAGUUCCACAGGCCAGAACUACUCUUCCUCCUCCCUCCCUAUUGGAUUAUUUCGCUCCACCUACAACUCAGAGAUGUCAAAGGGCCCAGGAUUUCUUCCCUCCACCUCCAUUGGAGCCCAUCGUGGUUGAGCUGCCCAUGUCUCCACCAGUGAAACCCAUCAUGGUUGAGCUGCCCAUCUCUCCACCAGUGAAGCCCAUUGCGGUUGAGCUGCCCAUCUCUCCACCAGUGAAGCCCAUUGCGGUUGAGCUGCCCAUCUCUCCACCAGUGGAGCCCAUUGUGGUUGAGCUGUCCAUCUCUCCACCAGUGAAGCACGUCAUGUUUGAGUUGCCCAUCUCUCCACCAGUAAAACCCACCAUGGUUGAGCUGCCCAUCUCUCCACCAGUGAAACCCAUCAUGGUUGAGCUGCCCAUCUCUCCACCAGUGAAGCCCAUUGCGGUUGAGCUGCCCAUCUCUCCACCAGUGAAGCCCAUUGCGGUUGAGCUGCCCAUCUCUCCACCAGUGGAGCCCAUUGUGGUUGAGCUGUCCAUCUCUCCACCAGUGAAGCACGUCAUGUUUGAGUUGCCCAGCUCUCCACCAGUGGAGCCCAUCGUGGUUGAGCUGCCCAUGUCUCCACCAGUGAAACCCAUCAUGGUUGAGCUUCCCAUCUCUCCACCAGUGAAACCCAUCAUGGUUGAGCUGCCCAUCUCUCCACCAGUGAAGCCCAUUGCGGUUGAGCUGCCCAUCUCUCCACCAGUGAACCCCAUUGCGGUUGAGCUGCCCAUCUCUCCACCAGUGGAGCCCAUUGUGGUUGAGCUGUCCAUCUCUCCACCAGUGAAGCCUGUUGUUGCGCUGCCCAUCUCUCCACUAGUAAAACCCACCAUGGUUGAGCUGCCCAUCUCUCCACCAGUGAAGCACGUCAUGUUUGAGCUGCCGAUCACUCCAGUGGAAGCUGAGUCGCUUCAGAGAUUUGAGGGUUUGACACAGCGACAUAAAAAAAGAAAGACAGACAUGGAAACUUCAGUUCCACAGGCCAGAACUACUCUUCCUCCUCCCUCCCUAUUGGAUUAUUUCGCUCCACCUACAACUCAGAGAUGUCAAAGGGCCCAGGAUUUCUUCCCUCCACCUCCAUUGGAGCCCAUCGUGGUUGAGCUGCCCAUGUCUCCACCAGUGAAACCCAUCAUGGUUGAGCUGCCCAUCUCUCCACCAGUGAAGCCCAUUGCGGUUGAGCUGCCCAUCUCUCCACCAGUGAAGCCCAUUGCGGUUGAGCUGCCCAUCUCUCCACCAGUGGAGCCCAUUGUGGUUGAGCUGUCCAUCUCUCCACCAGUGAAGCACGUCAUGUUUGAGUUGCCCAUCUCUCCACCAGUAAAACCCACCAUGGUUGAGCUGCCCAUCUCUCCACCAGUGAAGCAGGUCAUGUUUGAGCUGCCGAUCACUCCAGUGGAAGCUGAGUUGCUUCAGAGAUUUGAGGGUUUGACACAGCGACAUAAAAAAAGAAAGACAGACAUGGAAACUUCAGUUCCACAGGCCAGAACUACUCUUCCUCCUCCCUCCCUAUUGGAUUAUUUCGCUCCACCUACAACUCAGAGAUGUCAAAGGGCCCAGGAUUUCUUCCCUCCACCUCCAUUGGAGCCCAUCGUGGUUGAGCUGCCCAUGUCUCCACCAGUGAAACCCAUCAUGGUUGAGCUGCCCAUCUCUCCACCAGUGAAACCCAUCAUGGUUGAGCUGCCCAUCUCUCCACCAGUGAAGCCCAUUGCGGUUGAGCUGCCCAUCUCUCCACCAGUGAAGCCCAUUGCGGUUGAGCUGCCCAUCUCUCCACCAGUGGAGCCCAUUGUGGUUGAGCUGUCCAUCUCUCCACCAGUGAAGCACGUCAUGUUUGAGUUGCCCAGCUCUCCACCAGUGGAGCCCAUCGUGGUUGAGCUGCCCAUGUCUCCACCAGUGAAACCCAUCAUGGUUGAGCUUCCCAUCUCUCCACCAGUGAAACCCAUCAUGGUUGAGCUGCCCAUCUCUCCACCAGUGAAGCCCAUUGCGGUUGAGCUGCCCAUCUCUCCACCAGUGAACCCCAUUGCGGUUGAGCUGCCCAUCUCUCCACCAGUGGAGCCCAUUGUGGUUGAGCUGUCCAUCUCUCCACCAGUGAAGCCUGUUGUUGCGCUGCCCAUCUCUCCACUAGUAAAACCCACCAUGGUUGAGCUGCCCAUCUCUCCACCAGUGAAGCACGUCAUGUUUGAGCUGCCGAUCACUCCAGUGGAAGCUGAGUCGCUUCAGAGAUUUGAGGGUUUGACACAGCGACAUAAAAAAAGAAAGACAGACAUGGAAACUUCAGUUCCACAGGCCAGAACUACUCUUCCUCCUCCCUCCCUAUUGGAUUAUUUCGCUCCACCUACAACUCAGAGAUGUCAAAGGGCCCAGGAUUUCUUCCCUCCACCUCCAUUGGAGCCCAUCGUGGUUGAGCUGCCCAUGUCUCCACCAGUGAAACCCAUCAUGGUUGAGCUGCCCAUCUCUCCACCAGUGAAGCCCAUUGCGGUUGAGCUGCCCAUCUCUCCACCAGUGAAGCCCAUUGCGGUUGAGCUGCCCAUCUCUCCACCAGUGGAGCCCAUUGUGGUUGAGCUGUCCAUCUCUCCACCAGUGAAGCACGUCAUGUUUGAGUUGCCCAUCUCUCCACCAGUAAAACCCACCAUGGUUGAGCUGCCCAUCUCUCCACCAGUGAAGCAGGUCAUGUUUGAGCUGCCGAUCACUCCAGUGGAAGCUGAGUUGCUUCAGAGAUUUGAGGGUUUGACACAGCGACAUAAAAAAAGAAAGACAGACAUGGAAACUUCAGUUCCACAGGCCAGAACUACUCUUCCUCCUCCCUCCCUAUUGGAUUAUUUCGCUCCACCUACAACUCAGAGAUGUCAAAGGGCCCAGGAUUUCUUCCCUCCACCUCCAUUGGAGCCCAUCGUGGUUGAGCUGCCCAUGUCUCCACCAGUGAAACCCAUCAUGGUUGAGCUGCCCAUCUCUCCACCAGUGAAACCCAUCAUGGUUGAGCUGCCCAUCUCUCCACCAGUGAAGCCCAUUGCGGUUGAGCUGCCCAUCUCUCCACCAGUGGAGCCCAUAGUGGUUGAGCUGUCCAUCUCUCCACCAGUGAAGCACGUCAUGUUUGAGUUGCCCAUCUCUCCACCAGUAAAACCCACCAUGGUUGAGUUGCCCAUCUCUCCACCAGUAAAACCCACCAUGGUUGAGCUGCCCAUCUCUCCACCAGUGAAGCAGGUCAUGUUUGAGCUGCCGAUCACUCCAGUGGAAGCUGAGUCGCUUCAGAGAUUUGAGGGUUUGACACAGCGACAUAAAAAAAGAAAGACAGACAUGGAAACUUCAGUUCCACAGGCCAGAACUACUCUUCCUCCUCCCUCCCUAUUGGAUUAUUUUGCCUCACCUACAACUCAGAGAUGUCAAAGGGCCCAGGAUUUCUUCCCUCCACCUCCAGUGGAGCCCAUCGUGGUUGAGCUGCCCAUCUCUCCACAAGUAAAGCCCAUCGUGGUUGAGCUGCCCAUCUCUCCACCAGUGAAACCCAUCAUGGUUGAGCUGCCCAUCUCUCCACCAGUGAAGCCCAUUGUGGUUGAGCUGCCCAUCUCUCCACCAGUAAAUUCCAUCAUGAUGGAGCUGCCCAACUCUCCACCAGUGAAGUCCAUUGUGGUUGAGCUGCCCAUGUCUCCACCAGUGAAACCUGUUGUUGUUGAGCUGCCCAUCUCUCCACCUGUGAACCACCAGGAUCAACCUUGUCAAGGGGCCAACUGGGAAAUAGAGGCUGGUUCUUCACAGAUUGUCGAUGCUCCUGCCCAUAUCCCCCUUCCUACUUCCUCUGAUCUCCCUCAGCAGAGCCCACCGGAGCAGCCUGGAGUCCUCACAGCAUUCCCUGGUCCUCUUGCAAACAUUGGGACUCUUGAGGAGAUGAUUGAGGUUGCAUGGCAGAAGUGUCAGGAGUACCAAUCUAUGUUCUUCAUGUGGUACUUUGUUACCCUUUUGUGCACACAGAGUAGGGCACAGCCCAUCUUUCCUCCAGUGAAACCAAUCGUGGUCGAGCUUCCCAUCUCUCCACCAGUGGAGCCCAUCGUGGUUGAACUGCCCAUCUCUCCACCAGUGGAGCCCAUCGUGGUCGAGAGUCCCAUCUCUCCACCAGUGGAGCCCAUCGUGGUCGAGAGUCCCAUCUCUCCACCAGUGGAGCCCAUCGUGGUUGAACUGCCCAUCUCUCCACCAGUGGAGCCCAUCGUGGUUGAACUGCCCAUCUUUCCACCAGUGAAGCCUGUUGUGGUUGAGCUGCCCAUCAAUCCACCAGUGAAACCCAUCAUGGUUGAGCUGCCCAUCUCUCCACCAGUGAAACCCAUCAUGGUUGAGCUGCCCAUCUCUCCACCAGUGAAGCACGUCAUGUUUGACCUGCCGAUUGCUCCAGUGGAAGCUGAGUCACUUCAGAGAUUUGAGAUGAUGGAGGAUGGGACUCUGCUGGGGAUCACAUGUCCACCCCUGGGACUCCCUUCUACAUGGGUUGACUCUUCCACUGGACCUUUGAAGCCCUUUAAAGCUCAGGACAGGAUGCCCAAGGAGGAGAUGGAGAGGCCUCUAUUACUUGGUGGUGCUAGCCCCAGACAUCUCAAAACCUCCAUGUCCGAUCCAGGUACCCCCCUGGUUGGCAUCCUGGACUGCGGCAGAUCUGGAAUACAGGUCCACCCGUACGCCACGGCGGGGAAGAGCACAUUCUACAAAAUUCCGGUGGAGGUGGUAAACGUGACACUCACCUCUGUGGCCUCGGUGACCCUGGCCUACCUGCCCGGUCUCGUGGCUGCCUUCCUGCAGCUGUCGUGGGGCACCAAGUACAGGCGUUUCCCCAACUGGUUGGAUCGCUGGCUGCAGCAGCGGAAGCAGUUGGGCCUCUGUGCUUUUCUCUACUCGGCGCUGCACGCCGUCUACAGCCUGUGUUUGCCCAUGCGCAGGUCUGCUCGCUACAAUCUGCUCAACGCUGAAUUCAAACAGGUGAAGGUAGACCAGGAGGACUCGUGGGUAGAGGAGGAGGUGUGGAGGAUGGAGCUCUAUCUGUCUAUAGGCAUCCUGGCUCUGGGCCUUCUCUCUCUCUCACUGCCCACCGUGGGCAACUCGCUCAACUGGAGGGAGUUCAGCUUCGUACAGUCCAGACUGGACUACAUGGCCCUGUUGAUGGCCACCCUCCACACGCUGACCUACGGCUGGGCCCGGGGCUUGGACCAGGAGCAGUAUCGCUUCUACCUCCCUCCCACCUUCCUGCUGGUGCUGGUCCUGCCGCUGGCUGUGCUGCUGGGGAGGCUGACUCUGUCCCUGCCAUGCGUGGCUCUCCGGCUGAGUCGUAUCAGGAGGGGUUGGCAGAAGAGCCGAGCCAUCCGGGUCACACUGCCUGAGGACGAGUGUAAGGGGCCAUCACAGGAGGACAUCAGUAAUGUUUGAGAGAGAUGCUUGGUUUAGUCUUACAUGCAGGAUUGAAUGAAGGAAGCAUGGAAGACGCAUAUAUACACACACGGGCAAGUAGAGAUGGGAGAGAAGUACUGACUGUCAUAUUAAGGGAUGUAAUAUCACCAGCCUUAUGCAUCAAAAGCAGUUUAGGGAUUUCAAUGGCCUUUGUUUUACUAGUGAACAUGCUACUUGUUUGGAUGACAUGUCAUCUAUAGCACUACCAUUUACCUAGCUAUAUUUAUCAAGAGAAAUGAACUAUGGUUCUAUUGCUCACUAAGCCUCCGGCACAUGUACAGUGAUGCAUUUUGGAGAUGACUAUUAUAGUGCUGCUUUAAAUUUGCUGCCUCUACUACCUUUUAACUAAAUUGGAAGCCAGACAUUGUCAUUGUCUUCCUACUUGUUUCUUAGCCAGUCAGAUACUGGGCCUCCGAUGCUAUCAGGUUUAAAAAAAUAAAUACAACAUUUGUACUGUCAGGCUUUCACUUCAACGUGAGCGAAGCCUGGGCAUCUGACACUGUAGUUACAGUGCUGUUAGAUGCCUCAGCUCUGCCUGGCUUGCUCGCGGCUGAAUCUGGCUCAGCUGUCUGACAUGCCUGCCCUGACGCUAAGGUCAGUCAGAGCCAAAAUGUUGCACCUCACAGCAAUGUCAUAUGUUGUUCGGGGGUGUCAUGCCUGCUUCUGCUGUGUAAUCACUUCUUACUACUCUGAGAUGUGUUAAGAAAAUAGACCUUUCUAUUUUUGCCUUAGACUAUUUUUGCAUUGUUUUUAUGUGUCAUUGAAUGCACUAUAAUGUUUAGACUACCCGGUCAGAGUCUUUCAAAGAUCAAAUGUGUGCCAAAGAUUGUGAAAAUAUAUUGUCAAAUAUUGUAGAAAUGUACUAUCAAGUCCCAUAUUGUUGCUGGCACCAAACCGUGGAGGAUGGCUCAUGUUGUGUUUGUGUUGAAGUUACACUGUUAUGUAGGUAUAAUUUAAAUAUGUCAUUGUUCAAUAACAUUUGUACAUUUUAUACAAUCAAACUAACCUGUUGUCAUGGUGACUCAACGGUACAUGUAAAAUUGUAAGAGCUAUUUUAUAUUCUCUGACUUACAUCAUUUUCUUGUAUCACUUGUAUGGUUCUGUUAAAUUCAAUAAGUUCCAUAGGUUUAUUCACAAAAUAAAUUCCAAGA